AUGAUCCUCAGGAUGCUCCUGGUCCUCAGCUUCUUCCCAGCAGUUCAAGUAACAGAUAAGAUUUUGGUCAAACAGCCACAUUUGCUUGUGGCCUAUCAUCAUGAAGUUGUAAAUCUUCCCUGUAACUACAUCUAUGAUAAAACUCCAACUGAAUUUCGAGCUUCACUCCAUAUGGGAAAACACAAGGCCCAUGAAGUUUGUUCUGUGUAUGUAAAUGGAACCCAUAAGCCCUGGAUUUCCUCAUCUGAAGACUUCAGCUGCCACGUGGAUUUUGAUAACAAAACAGUGAUGUUUCGACUUUGGAAUAUGAGUAUCUUCCAAACAGAUUUUUACUUCUGUAAAAUUGAAUUCAUGUAUCCUCCCCCAUAUUUCUCCAGUGAAUUGAACAAUGGAACCUUCAUCUCUGUAACAGAAAAAGAUGUCUGUCCAACUCUGGGAACUUCUGAGCCUCCCAAACCCUUUUGGCCAGUUGUUGCUGCUCUAUGUGUUUUUGCUUUCUAUAGCAUGUUAAUAACAGUGGCUUUUUGUAACUGCUGGUUGAAGAGCAAAAAGAAUAGAAUUCUUCAUAGUGACUACAUGAACAUGACCCCUCGGAGACCAGGACCAAUUAAAAAACAUCAACCUUAUGCACCAACCAGGGACUAUGCAGCCUAUAGAUCCUGA